AUGUCUAACUACGAUGAUGGGACCGAGCGAUACGACGUGACACCGAUUUUGGAGUCGCGGUACUUUAUUCUCCCCGCUUCCGCAGCACUCGUUGGGGUAUUCAUCGGGGCGGUGCGUGGAUCUCGCCUUGCAUCACUCCGUUUUCUCGCGGAGAACGCACACCGGCCACCCAAGACAAUUCGGGGAUGGUAUCUCUACAAUAAAACGAAAAAUUACAAAAGAAUGGCUGCCGGUCUUUCAUCUGGUGGCAAAGAUGGAGUUAAACUUGGAGUGACAGCACUUGUUUGGGUUGGGAUUGAAGAUGGAUUAGGGCGGUGUGGGAAACCUUUUGAUGAUUUGAAAGAGGUUGGAGCUGGUGUGGGGACUGCGGGGGCGUUCUCGGUUGUGUACCGACUACCGUGGCGUACUGGAAGUCGUGCAUUAUUGCUUGGAUCGAUGAUUGGUGGGGGAAUGGGAUUUCUACGGUGGGCUAGAGAAUACUUGAGCAGAGCCCGAGGAGACUUUGAUACAUAG